AUGAGUGAAAUAUGGAUUAAUCUUCCAAGGUUCAGUGAAGAGUACAGCAAGGGGGUUAAAGAUUUUGUAGAAAAUGCUAUGGUUCAUUAUGCUGUAGAAAAUGAAAUGAAGUGUCCUUGUAGUUUAUGUAAAAGUAAGCAAUGGUGGGGUGCAGAACAAGUGUAUAACCACCUGAUUUGUAAUGGUCCAUCUGUGGUAGAAGUUAGCUGGAUUUACGACGUCUCAAACAUGGUAAAUGGUAGUACUGAAGGGAUGGAUUGUCAAGAAAAUGUCGGGUUCGAAGAUAAUCUGGAAGAAAUGUUGAAUGUUACUUGCGCCUACGGUGGAGCGAAUGCAGAUGCAAGGAAAUUUUUUCGCCUUGUUGAGGACGGAAAAAAGCCAUUGUAUCCGGGCUCCAAAAAAUUUACUCGGCUAAGUUUCCUUGUUAGGCUUUACCACUGGAAAUGUCUACAUGGAGUAACCGAGUCGGCAUUUGGUGAUCUAUUACUACUAAUAAAAGAGGCAUUCCCCGAUGUUGAAGUACCAUCCUCUUUCAAUGCUGCUAAAAAGGUAAUCAAGGAUUUAGGCCUUGACUACAAAAAAAUACAUGCAUGUCCAAAUGACUGCAUGUUAUUUUGGGAUGAAAAUAAGGAUGAAAUUUCUUGUAGAAACUGCGGUGCCUCAAGGUGGACUGAUGCGAAAAAUGGAGACGACAACAGCAAGAUUCCAGCGAAGGUCAUGAGAUAUUUUCCUUUAAAACCAAGGCUGCAGCGACUGUAUAUGUCAAAGGAUUUCUCUAAAUUAAUGACCUGGCACGCAGUGGAGCGAAAGAAAGACGGAAAGUUACGACAUCCGGCAGAUGGCAAGGCCUGGAAGCUGAUGGAUUCAAAAUAUCCAACAUUUUCAGCAGAAAAACGGAACAUACGAUUGGGAAUAGCUGCUGACGGGUUCAAUCCAUUUCGCACAAUGAGUACCAGUCAUAGCACAUGGCCAGUUGUAGUAGUCAACUACAACCUUCCUCCCUGGCUUAACAUGAAACCAGAAAAUUUAAUCCUCUCGACACUCAUACCAGGUCCCAAUGAUCCUGGAAAUAAUUUAGACGUCUAUAUGCAGCCUUUAGUAAAGGAAUUGAAAGAGUUAUGGGAGGAAGGAAUUGAAACAUAUGAUGCUUCGACAAAUCAGAAUUUUAUUUUACGUGCAAGCUUGUUAUGGACGAUUAGUGACUUUCCAGGUUAUGGAAUGCUAUCGGGCUGGAGUACAAAAGGCUACCUAGCCUGCCCUGUUUGUGCUUACGAGACGUCAUCACAAUAUUUGAAACAUAGCCGAAAAGUAUGCUAUAUGAAUCAUCGAAAAUUUCUAGAUUCCAACCAUAAAUGGAGAUCUGAUAAGAAAAGGUUCGAUGGUAAAGUUGAGAAAGGCGAAACCCCACCAGUUUUAACCGGCAGAUUUAUAGAGUUGGUGUUGGAUGGUUUCGAGAAUAAUUUUGGGUGUACGGGGAAGGGAAAAAGAAAAGUCAGCUGUGAGGUUAACCACUAG